UGGGAACCGCGACCAGCUCUCGCGAGACUUGCCUAGAAUCGGAGCGCGGGGUCCCACCGUAACGAAAGCUGGAGCUGCGGGUGGGGAACAUGUCGGAGUCAGAACUCGGCAGGAAGUGGGAUCGGUGCUUGGCGGAUACGGUCGUGAAGAUAGGUACUGGUUUUGGAUUAGGACUCGUUUUCUCACUUACCUUCUUUAAAAGAAAAAUGUGGCCGUUAGCCUUUGGUUCUGGCAUGGGUUUGGGAAUGGCCUACUCCAACUGUCAGCAUGAUUUCCAGGCUCCAUAUCUUCUACAUGGAAAAUAUGUCAAAGAACAGGAGCAAUGACUUACACCUGAGAACAUCCCAGUGGGAGGAAAGGAGAAAUCAUGUUUAUUCCUCAGGAAUACUGAAGUGCCCUGGAGUAAGCUGAUGUUCUUCUGUACCAAUGUUAUCAGCAGUGCUUUAAACUCCAGCACACUAUUUAUGUAUUUGAAACCAAGUCUGUUUCUUGUUUUGUAUUUUCUCUCUGGAAAUUGCAAGGAGGUGGUCUUAAAAGAAAUAAAUUAAACAAAAAUAGGCAGCCCAGUGCAUUGCCUGCA